AUGCCUCCGCGUUUUUGUGGGUUGACAAGUGCGGCAUUGACAACUGAUCCAGCCAGCGGUUAUUUGGCUAUGCUCCCAUUGGCCACCACUGUGUUGAGUGCUCAUUCCUUUACCACGGUCCUACGCUUUCACAAUCCUGUCUCUGAAGCACAAUACAUCAAGGAGACAUUUUAUACCCAUAAAACAUUAGCGUUCUGGGCCUCAUGCUUCUCAAUUCUCAACUGGGUGCUUGCCACCUUGCUAUUAUCCCAUCAAUCUUACAUCUUGGGCAACAAAAUAUUUGUAUAUGGUGUUGCGCCUGUUCUCACAGUUCCUCUGCCCAUGUUCAUCAUCUUUGACUGGCCCCAAACUUGUCCAUGGAUAUAUCAGAUAUGGCUUGCUGCUGCAGUAUGGUCCUGGGCAUGGUACAAUAUCAUGUUCAUGUAUCUUUGCGGUAACUACAGCCAGCAAACUGGUUACAUCCCGUGUUUGGACCGGGAUUUUUUGGUGCUAUUCUAUUAUGUGACAGGAUUACCAGUUAUUGCUAUAUUUGCACUGGGUCAAAAUAGGACUGUCCAAACUUUCAUGGUCAUUUUGUUUGUUUGCACCGCAGCAGCUCUUGUGAGUAUCUUUUAUACCCCUGAAAGACGCGCCUUCGCUACAACGGCGAGCCACAAGAAGCCUGAACCCAGGCCACGCGAUUCGAAAGGCCAAUUUUUAGCCAAACCAAGACCAAAUCAAGACGAUACACUAGAAAGUACACGCAUCAACACAUCCACUAUACCCUCAUCUUUCAGCCAGUCCCUCGAGAACAGCCCAAACACCGAAUCGGUCCCAUUCCCCAAGAGCCCCAGCCUCGUGUCUGAAAACAUACCUUUGCUCCCGCCUUCCGCAACAGGCACUUUACGGGGCAGAAAAGACCGCAGAAACUUCUCCAACCCAUUCAACCCGUCCGACCUCUCGCGUCGUCUGUCCCAAGCAGCAGGAGGCCGUGACUCACCCCCACAUACCCAUAGACCGCCUGUCACACCCAGGCGCUCCCUCUCAUCGCCACAAUCACCUGCCUCUCAGGCAUCAUCUCCAUCUAUCCUGGGGCCAGCAUCCCCCUCCUUAGGCAAAGCCGCCGCGAGUGCUAUGGGGGACCCUACAGCGUCACGAAAACCAGACCCGUGGCCUCGCCUCCAGGCUCUUGGUCAAUUCGUUGACGAGGGUCUCCCCUCACGUGAAGCUGAGUACCGUUCAAGCUUUUUACUAGCGACCCAAGGCUGUUCUGACGAGGACAUUGCCAGAUUAUGGAUUGCAAACCUCAAAUACAAGGGAAAAGCUUGGUGGUGGCACCAGAAGCUCAUUAGUACAGAGGACGGAGAACAAGCGGCGCAGAAAUGGUCUACGCUUGUGGUAGAGAUUGAUAAGCGGUGGAAAUCCCCUAAGCCCAACUUUGAGGCGUAUCUAACACGGUGUUACGAGGAGUGGCGAGCCCAUACAAUGGACCUGGCAGCAAUGACACCCGAACUCACAAACGCGGCGACAAGUGGCCAAAACCCUCUUGAGGAAUGGGCAAUGCGACACAAAUCACUUGCACUCGAUUGUGAUGGCGAGUCGGGACGCGCCCGAGUUUAUAACCUUACUCAACACGUCCUCCCACCAUUUAUUGUUGAUAUGCUCCCCAAAUUGAGCUAUGGAAGCAACUUUGAUGGGCUCAUUAACGACAUCGCCGCACUUAACCCGCGCUCAGUGCUUAAUCAAUACGCCGACAGUGCAACUCUCAAUGCCUUAGCCAACCUUUGCCUCUCCGAGCACCCAUCCACCCGCCUCCCGGCACGCUCUCGCCCUACAAAUAGCUGGCUUCCCACCUCAAACUCGAUGCAGACCCUGGCUGCCAUCCGAACAGCCCCGUCGAGACUCGUACCAGCACCACACGUUCAGUUCUCAAAUCCCCUCGUCCAGCCGGCCACCACCCACGUCCCUGCCACGACUACUAGGGCACUUCCGCAGCCACCAGCAUCUACAGCUGCCAGACCAAGUUCAACGCGUGCAGAGCCACCACAAGAUCCGCCACAAGCGCUGCUCCCGUCCGUCGUGUUGCAAAUCGCUCGCGCAAGGCAGCCAAACCCGCCUGUACCCCCCCGCACCCCCUCUCGGGCUGAAUAUGAGCAGCAGGUACAACAAUGGCACGCCACCCACGGAGACCAACGGCCAAAUAUCUUUUGUCCAUUCCCUCUAACUCCUGGCUCGGCGCCCCCUACGUCUAAACUCUGUUCGAUUUGCGCCAAGGGUGACCACAACUCACUCGAAUGCAAAGCCGCACCCGAGGACAGGCUGCCACUGCAGGAACGUCUAUACCGCGCAAGUGUCUCGCAAUCUCUGCGACAAGACGAGCCAAGGCAAACCCGCCCCAGCCCAUAUACUCCAUCUCCCCUAUACCGCCGCCGCUCCUUGUUCUCCCAACCAGUCGAACUCGUCGAACCCAUUGAACUUGUCGAGCACCAGGAACCGUACAGCUACGCGUACGAGUACGACUCGGGAAACAAGGAGGCCAAACCAAGCGCGCCGGAACGGCUGGUUGGCUCAGGGACUACCAAAUCUUCUGCAAACAAUUUUAUUUAUACUGCCCGUGUACCUACGGCCUUGUCUCCAGAAUCGAUUAUAUAUUCAUGGUACCCCGAGAGCGAACUAGUGGUAGAAAUUGGGAGUAUGGAAGAGAAUCAGACAAGGGAACAUCCGUUUAAGCUUUGUGUAAAACUCAUCUCAAGUGACAAGACGCCGUCAACAGAGCUGUGGGGAACCAUUGAUGGAGGGGCCAUGCUGUGUGUUGUCAACUCAGUGGUCUGGGCCCAAAUUGAGCACUCGUUCGGCAAACUUGCCCCUUCAAAUGUUGUAUGUCGAAUGGCGAACGGGAACCGGGUGCCCUCAAUGGGUAAAGGUGUGGGCUCCAUCGUACACCGGGAGUGUAUCUGGCCAAUUGAGUUUGAAGUCCUUGAUUCAGGGGGAUCUUUCGAGAUCUUAUUAGGCAAGAACUGGCUCCGGCGUGCAGAGGCAGAGCAGAUUUUCAAGUCAGACGCAAUCACAUUGGCCACUGAAGCCGGUCCUAACGAGAGACUCCAAAGCAGGAGGGAAGGCCAAGCUUUAGCAGAUAAGGGAUGGAUGGCUGAACAAGCCUUAGUGGAUUACGAGCGCCGUAAACCAAUGGAGCAAGACAUACCAGAUAGCCCAGAUGAAUCGGCGGAAGAGUCAUGGUCAAGAGCCAAAGCAGAGGCAGAAGAUGCACGGAUACAAUCAGUUAUGUUUACGGAGGAGGAGAUGUCUACACCAACCUCAGUACAACCCCUUGACAACAUACUGGAUAGAGCCACACGGGCAAGAGCAAGACAGAGAGGUCCAACCAUAGACACGCAGCCAGCCACUCCCCCAACAGCAGCCUCCCCAUCUGAGCGCAAGACGAAUCCAUUCAGCCCGGGACGAGUUGCAGAAAUUUUGCGUAAGGUCCGCAUUGGGCCCGAUUUGUCAACAGACCAGAAGAACUUGGCACAAGACCUAGUCCGGGAGUUUGCAGACGUCUUUGCACUUAACCUAUUGGAAGUUUGUGCAGUUGACUUCACGGAACUCAGGCUUGACAUUCCCACGGGUGCAACAUUUCCCAUGCGAGCAGGCCAGAAACGGAUGACGGAACCGCAAAAACAGGCUCUAUAUGGGAUGUUAGAUGAGUUAGAAUUGGCAGGCAUUAUUGAGCAAGUUACACAAGACCAAGUCAAAGCAGUCUCACCCAUCAGCCUGGUGCCAAAACCAGGCGGCGUCAAUCUCCCUACCCUUGAAUACCUCCAGCGCCUAGCCAACUCGGAGUGUCGUCGAUAUGGCAUACCAAUCCAAUUCCCCGAGGCUGGAUUCCAUGAGCCAGAGCAAUUGCAAGAGCCAACAGCCCCUGCAAAAUGGCGGCUUGUCCAAAACUUUGCGUCGGUAAAUCAGGUAACCCGUAUCCGGUCCUUCCCGAUGGGAGAUCUUGCAGCCAAACAGCGGGCAGUUGCAGGUCAUAGCUUCAUUAGCAUAAUGGAUCUACAGGCGGGGUUCCACGCUAUCCCAAUUGCGCAGGAGAGUGUUCCGUACACAGCGUUCUACGUUGAUGGUCGGGGUCACUACGUAUACAAACGGAUGCCAUUUGGACUUACCAGCGCUCCAACAGUCUUCCAAGAAAUGAUCGCAAUGGCAUUCAACGAUCUGCUAGGGAAGAUACUGGAGGCAUGGAUGGAUGACCUGGCAACAGCAGCGGACACGUUUGAGGAAGGCAUGCAGAACCUACGUACCAUAUUCACCCGGUGCCGUGACAGGAAGAUCUCGCUAUCAGCUUCCAAGACAGUCCUAUUCAUGACGGAAGCGGUAUUUGCGGGUGCCCGUGUAUCGAAGGCCGGAAUCCGCCCAGACCUCGCCAAAGUUAGAGCUAUCCUGGAAUGGCCGGAACCGCAGACAAUUCUGGAGGUCAUGAGCUUCAUCGGGCUCACCAAUGCAUAUCAAUCCAAGAUCCGGGACUACGCGCGUAUUGCACAACCUCUGCAAGACUACACCCGAGGCGUAAGGUCGGCGGACUCGCCAAAGGCAGAAUACAGGCAGACACUUCGAGAAACCCGAGUCACCCUGAGCGACAAAGCCAAGAAAUCGUUUGCGAGACUGAAGACAAUACUCACCUUGGAUUCAGUCCUGCGUGCUCCAGUAUACGACGGCCGGCCAUUCAUUGUCACAACCGACGGUUCUAAGUACGGCUUUGGGGCAGUUUUAGCUCAAGAGUGGGAAGAGAUAUCAGCCAAUGCCGUGACCAGGAAAGUGAGGUACCCAGUGGCCUUUGCUUCUAAACGGACGUCCCGCACCGAAGAAUGUUAUAUCCCCUUCCUACUCGAAUUUGCGGCUCUCAAAUUUGCCUUCGACGAGUUCGAGAGUAUGAUCUUUGGUCAGAUCAUCGAACUGGAAACGGACUGCAAGGCAUUAGCAGACCUCAUUGGGAAUAGAAAGCUGAACUCCACUCACAAACGCUGGCGAGAAUUCAUCUUAGCAAGGGAUAUACGCGCAGUCCGCCACCGCCCAGGUAUCACGAACACGGUAUGCAACGCAUUAUCGAGAGUCUAUGAAAGCCGAGGAGACGACGAAGCCGGACCAGGGAGACUUGAAACAGUCGAUCCAGGCUGGGAAGCCCAGAAGCAACUUGUCAACGACCUGUACCACCUAGCAUCAGACAACAAAUCGGCUCGUUUACUCGACCGCUUUGCGGGUGACCCAUACUUCGAAGAGAUCCUAACGCACCUGCUGUUUGAAGUCGGCUCAGCACCCCCAAACGACCCAGACGAGGCGACAGCCAGGAAACGGAGGGCACACCGAGCAUCAGGAUAUCUAGUCGAUGACGGGAAGAUUUGGCUACUCGGCGGCAAGAACGGAAGGGCAGGAAUAAGGGUUGAAUGCAUACCGGAAUUGGAAGGACCGGAGUUGGCAGCGUCAGUUCACGCGGCAGGAGGACACUUCGGUCGGGACAUGACCGUAGUCUUGCUACAGCAGCGUUACCAUUGGCCCCACCUCAGACAAGACGCAACCACAGCGGUGACUACGUGUGCUCGAUGCAAGAAUUUUGGUCCACGUCUACUCUCAGCCCUACUCAAACCAAUUACGCGCGCUUGCCCCUUCGACCUCCUCGCAGCAGACUACGUCUUGUUCCCAGACGGCCAUGGCGGGUUCAAGAACAUCCUACUUGUAGCAGACGUCUAUAGCCGAUUCUUAUUUGCAUUUCCAACCCAAAAGCCAGGCACGGGGAGAUUUACCGUAGAUUCACUAGCCAGAAUAUUGGGUAUGCUCAUGAAGCCCAGCUCGGUCAUGACCGAUGGAGGGAGCCACUUUGAUUGCGAGGAAGUCCGACAGUGGGCUGAUAGUUGCGACACCCAACUUAUCAAAACCCCCGCGUAUGCACCUUGGACAAACGGCCUAAUCAAGGGCUACGCCAAACUUCUCUUGGGUAGAAUCAAACGCCUAUGUGCACCGGACCUUGGUAUAGACCCAGACGCCGACCAUGAUCCUAUGUCCACUCCGGCUGCCUGGCCCAAGCACCUUGACAAGGCCGUGGCCCAGCUAAACAACCGCAUCCUGCCCUCCCUUGGUUACUCCCCACGUGAACUCCUGACUGGUAUUCUGUCUCCCGAGCAGAAAGCAGAUAUAGGCGCCCAAAUACGAGACCCCACGCUAGAAGAGGUAGACGUCAACAUGGCCCUCACGUACGCGUUCCGCAUGGAUGGCUAUGCCAAUGCUCUCCAACAUGCAGCCAGACGGAAACGCCAGUUUGACAAAAAAGCCAGACCUGCAGACUUCAAAGCGGGAGACUUGGUUCAAAAAUACGAUGCACGCCUAGAUGAAACUCAUAGCUCACUCCGCAAGCUUGCUCCCAGAUGGUCUGGCCCAGUCCAAGUUGUCUCGAAGGCAACAAACUCUUACGCACUCGAAGACCUCGAAGGCAACGCAUUCUCGUCCGCAGCCCAUUCCCGCCUCCUCCGUCCGUUCAUCCCCUCACCUGGUACUCCGCUUGACGCCUAUAUACGCGCACUCAGACUUGCACGACGCUCAGACCCGAACGCCACACGCCCAGCCAUGCCGAUCGAUUCCUCACGCCUGCCCAUUACGCCCCGACCAGAAGACAAGCUCCCGCUAGCUCGAAAUGACAAGACGCAACCCACGGGUUCAGAUGACGAAGCCAACGAACCAUACGAUGAUGACUGA